UGUUCCUCUAAGUCAUUCAAGCUGUACUCGCCAAAGGAGCCCCCGAACGGCAACGCCUUCCCCCCAUUCCACCCGGGCACCAUGCUGGAUCGAGAUGUGGGACCUACUCCCAUGUACCCACCAACGUACCUGGAGCCUGGAAUCGGGAGGCACACGCCGUAUGGGAACCAGACCGACUACAGGAUAUUCGAGCUGAACAAGCGGCUGCAGAACUGGACAGAGGAAUGUGACAAUCUGUGGUGGGACGCCUUUACCACAGAGUUCUUCGAGGAUGACGCCAUGUUAACUAUCACUUUCUGCUUGGAGGAUGGACCAAAGAGAUACACGAUUGGCCGGACUCUGAUUCCCCGUUACUUCCGCAGCAUCUUUGAAGGGGGGGCUACGGAGCUCUACUACGUGCUCAAGCACCCCAAGGAGUCCUUCCACAACAACUUCGUCUCGCUGGACUGCGACCAGUGCACCAUGGUCACCCAGCACGGCAAGCCCAUGUUCACCCAGGUGUGUGUGGAGGGGCGGCUUUACCUUGAGUUCAUGUUCGACGACAUGAUGAGGAUAAAGACGUGGCAUUUCAGCAUCCGCCAGCAUCGAGAGCUCAUCCCCCGCAGCAUCCUUGCCAUGCAUGCACAAGACCCCCAGAUGCUGGACCAGUUAUCAAAGAACAUCACCCGCUGUGGGCUCUCAAACUCCACACUCAACUACCUCCGACUCUGUGUAAUCCUAGAACCAAUGCAGGAGCUCAUGUCACGACAUAAGACCUACAGCCUCAGUCCUCGGGACUGCCUCAAGACUUGCCUCUUCCAGAAGUGGCAGCGGAUGGUCGCUCCGCCUGCGGAGCCAGCACGGCAGCAGCCCAGCAAG